AUGAAUGAAACGGCGUGGUUUAGAGCUGCAACGAAGGGGAACCUUUACAUCCUCAAGGAGAGCGUUGUGCAAUGGAGGGGGCUUCAAGACACGGAUGGGAACAGCGCUAUCCACUAUGCAGCAAAGGCCAACCGGCUUGAUGCAGUGAAGUACCUGGCCCCCAUGGAGCUUAUGAUCCGUAACAGACAAGGCCAGACCCCGCUUGAUGUAGCACGCGAAGCCGGCAGCAAGGAGGUCGCGGCGUUUUUGCGUGAUGCAAUGAGUGAAACAUCCCCUAUCAGAAUGCAAUUUGAUUCUCCAAUCUGGUUCACGGCAGCAGCAAACGGAGAGCUCUCCGUUCUCCAAGAAAAUCUACGCCGCUUCAAGGGGUAUAAAGCACCUGAUGGGGAAUGGAGGGGGCACACAGCUCUCAUGAUCACGGCAGUGACUGGUAACUUGGCCGCUGCACAGCUCCUGACUACUGUAGAGGCUGGGAUAAGUGGACCAGAUGGGAAAACGGCUCUAAUGCUUGCCUGUGAGGCCAAUUAUCCAGAAAUAGCUGCUCUUCUGAUUCCCCUAGAGGCAGGCCUGGUGGACCACUACGGCUGGUUCGCGCUUCUCUAUGCAAUAGACGGCGCCUGCAUAAAGGCUAUUCCACCUCUGUAUCCCAUUGAAGGCAAGAUGCGCAACGAGUUUGGUUUAUCGGUCUUAGACAUAGCCAGGCAGUACAAGCAAAAUGAGGCAACAAAGAUUCUAGAAGAGCUGGCCAAAACAAACUGA